UGUUGUGGAUGGUUCGCAGUUAGUGGAUAUUAUUGUUUUUCUUUGGGUAAAAAACGAAAUAGGUACCGCAAUGAUAAGUUACGGUCGGUUGUUUUGUAAGAAUUAAUUAUCUUUUAAAUGUUGCAUUUAUAUAUUCGGGUAUCUCUCACACAAACGUGUUGUACUCUUUCAGUAAACAAUAAACUAUAAUUAAAACCGGUGCAUCAAAAUGUUUAAUAUUUUAACACAAACAUUAUUCGCUUUCAUUAUUUUAAAAAAUGUCAUAGGACUUCAAAUAUUAGAAAGUUAUAACCCGGCUAAAGGAAGAUUUAAAGCUGCUUUAAGUGGUUGUUCAUUAUUUGAAAAACAAUGUUUACAGUUAGACGAUGAUUUACCACUGUUGUCGUGUGCACUUAACACAACUCAUAACAAAACACAAAUACCUGUUAGUUGCCAACACAAAAUUUGGUCACAUCAAGCUGAUUUGUUGGACAGUACAUUUUUAGAAAACAAACUUAAAGAUCCAUGUCAAGAGGAGCUCAUUAUUUUGGAGUGUCUGAGUGGUAACUUCAAUACAAUAGAUUGCGUAUUAAAAAGAAAACCCAGCUUGAAAAAUAAAUCUUGUUGGAGAAUAAUAAAUAAAAUCGAAUCGCUAAUAUUUAACGACUGGCAGAUUACUGGAAACUUUUUAAAGAACUGUCUUGAUGACAUUGAAGCUCAUAGCUGUGGUAGAAUACCAGCAGACCCAAAAUCCCUCUCCCAGACAUUGACAUUAAAAUGUCUGCAAAGUUUUGAGGAGUCCCUGAGCCCAGAAUGCCAAUCAGAAAUUGUGACACUAAAGGAAAUGAAGUAUAGCUCCCUGCAGAUCGAUAAAAUAGUGUUUGCUGCGUGUAACAAAGAUGAGAAGACAUUUUGCCCUGAUGAAGUCCCUGACUCACUCUUGAUGUACAAAUGCCUUGUAAGACACAAGAAUGAAAAUGCAAUGACAAAAAGAUGUCAAGAUCAACUAUUUUAUGUUCAAAGAAACAUGGUAAUGAACUAUAAAAUGAGCAAAGGUCUUGUCAAAUCUUGUAAGGAAGAUAUUCGAAAAUAUCAUUGUCGUAAGGGUGUUGUUGAAGAUAAAGAUGUACGCCUAGCUCAAAUAUUGCUAUGUCUAGAAAAUGUAGCUCGAAAUGAUACUACAAAAAUUUCUCCUGAAUGCAUUGCAGAAAUGAUUGAUCACAGAAAAAUGUUAAUGGAUGACUAUAGGUUGUCUCCAGAAUUAAUGCAAAACUGUGCCAACGAUAUUCUUUCACUCUGUAGAGGUAUUGCAACUGGUGAUAAAACAAUACAUUGUUUGAUGGACCACGCUAGACCACGAAAACGUAAAGAUAAAAGAAUUAGUUUACCUUGUCAAAGGUCAUUGGAAAUUCUUGUUCAAGAGGCUGACCCUGGAGAAGAUUGGAGGGUAGAUCCAGUUUUACGCAAAGCUUGCAAGCCUGUUGUGGAUACAGCAUGUAGAGAAGUUAAUGGUGGUAAUGGAAGAGUAAUGUCUUGUCUCAUGGAGAAGCUUGGAACAGUUCUCAUGACUAAUGAUUGUGAAACUGCUAUUUUACAAAUACAAUACUUUAUAUCCAGAGAUUUUAAACUAGAUCCUCAGUUAUUUAAAGCAUGUAAGUUUGAUGCUGUCACUCAGUGCAAAGCAAAACUUCAAUGGGCGGAUAUGAAUGAACAUCAAUCAGAAAAAGAUCCUCUAAUAUUACCAUGUUUGUACAAUUAUGCAUACAAUUCAGAAUUAAAAGGUAUUCUGAAACCUGCUUGUGAACAACAAGUUAGGAGGGUUAUGAGACAAAGAGCUGUGAGUGUAGAUUUACUACCAGAAAUUGCUGACUCUUGUAUUGAUGAUUUAGCAAAUAUUUGCUUUGAGAAUACUGGUAAAGGUGAAGAAAUAGUUUGUUUGCAGAAUAAUUUUAAAAAGCUCUCUACUAAGUGUAAAGAUGUGGUAACCAACUUUACCGAAACACAGAGUGGUCAUAUAGAGCUGAAUACUAUUGUUAAUGUUAACUGUAGAGUCCCUAUAGAAAAACUAUGCUCAUCUGAAUUGAAUGCCAAAAAAGAUGAAGAUGAUAUACUUGAUUGCUUAAUUAGGCAUAAAAAUGAUGCAGAAAUAAAAGCAAAUAUAAAAUGUCGAGCAGCCAUUGAACAUGAACAAUUAAUAGCGCUAAAAAACUAUAGAUUUACUAGAAAAUUUAAAAAUGCUUGCAAGUCCUAUGUUGUGAGGUUUUGUCCAAAGGCGCAAACAAAAGUACAGGUUGUAAUGUGCUUAAGUGAAAUAAUAAGAAAUGAUACUAUAACAAGAAGAAAACACACAAUAUAUAAAGAAUGUCGUCAGCAGCUAAGAAGUCAGCUAUUUCAACAAAAAGAAAACAUAGAUUUAGACCCUGAUCUUAAAGAAGCUUGUAAAAAGGAUUUAUUGGAGUUUUGCCCCAGUGUCCAACAUGGUGAAUCUGCUGCACUAGAAUGCCUUCAAACAGCAAAAGGGAAAUUGAGUGAUGGUUGCAAAAAAGCCAUUUUUGUAUUGAGGAAGCAGGAAUUCUCAGAUAAUGGUAUCGAUUAUCACUUGGUAACCACAUGCAAUGAUAUGAUAGACUUGUACUGUCAUAAUACGGAACCAACAAUUAUUUUAGACUGCUUGAAGGCGCAUCGUCAUGAAACUGAUUUUGACAACAAUUGUAAAAUAGUUGUUGUUAACAGGAUGAUUGAACAAAAUUUGGACUAUAGAUUCAAUAAUAACUUACAAAAUAUCUGUAAAGUGGAUAUCAAAAAGUUUUGUUCAAAUAUCAUUGCCAACGAACCACAAGACAUAGAACUUCAAGGCAAAGUUUUAUAUUGCUUAAAGGAUAAAUUUAGAGAAUCCAAGUUGGAAACACCUUGUGAAAACGAACUAGCGAAUGUUUUAAAGGAGCAAGCUUUGAAUUACCGCUUGGACCCAUUAUUGGGAAAAUUGUGUAAAGCGGAAAUACAGACAAUAUGUGCAGUGCCCAACGAUUCUAUCACCAAUUCAGAUGGACAGGUGGAGGAAUGUUUAAAGAAUGCUCUUAUGAACCACAAAAUUGUCUCAGCAGAGUGUGCCCGGGAAGUUGUGCAAAUAAUUGAGGAGACAGAAGUCGAUAUUGACGCAGAUCCGUUAUUAGAGCGUUCUUGUGCUCUAGACUUGUUAAAAUACUGUAAGGAGCUCGAACAUGGUGCUGGGAGACGUCUGAAAUGUUUAAAAAUAAUACUCAAUGAUAGCAACAGAAAAUUAGAAGCAGAAUGUCAAAAGGAACUAUCAAGCAGACUCCAAAUGUACAAAUAUGUAGAAUCUGUAAAUUUGGUUGAAAAUUUGGGUGAUGUGUAUAAUGAAAUAUCAUCAUCCCCAUCUAAGAAAUAUUUUUUAGUUGUAGGAAUAUCAAUUGUAGGAUUAAUUUUUAUAUUUGGUUUAUAUUGUGGGCGUAUGACUAAACGGGCUAUGUAUGUAAAAAGGAAAUAGAUUAAUUAAUAUUGUAAA